CUCUUCGAGCUCGACAUCUCCGCCUACUGGCACAGCCCUGAGGACCAGCUCCUAGAGGUCGAUCUCCAAAUCGUGAUGGCGAAUGAGCAGCAGUCCGGCAUCAAGAUUCCUGUGUGGAAUGGUGAGGCCUCCACUUUAGAGAGCUUCGAGGAAAAAGUGAAGCUGUGGGUCCUGGGCACGAAGAAGGAUGACAGAAUCUACCUCGGCCCGCGCCUGGUUCAGGCGAUGGACGAGGACUCGCAGCAGUGGUUCGAGGCGAAGAAGGUGUCGCUCGAUGACCUUGUCAAGGAGGGCGGAGCUGAAAAGGUCGUGGAGGCACUCAAGGGAGUUCGAGGCACGGUCACGAUGCAGGAGGCUGUGUCCAAGUGGAGAGAGUUUAUGCGUGGAGUGUAUCGGCAUCCAGGUGAAGGUCCGAAGCGAUGGGUCUCUCGUUUCGACAUCCACCUGAGCAAGAUCGGGAAGGCCCUCCACGCAGUCUGUGAUGAGAUUCCAGCCCAGGGUUCCAUGCACGAAUUCAUCUUAGGGCUGAUCCUGCUGGACGGGACGGGCCUAGAUCCGUCAGAGCAGGCCGCGGUGCUGGCGACCAGCGGCCCCAAGGGCAACUCGUACCUCUAUCAGGACGUGAAGAAGGCACUGGCUGAGCAGUGGUCGGAGGAGCAGCUGGCAUCGCGGGACAAGCAGAAGGGAUACAAGGCCAGAAAGGGCGCUCAUGCGGUCUUCGACGACGCCGACGAGCUUGCCGCCUACGCCGAGGAGGUCUACGACGAGGCGUACAUCGACGGGUUCGAGGAGGCGGCGGACAUCACGGAGUCAGCGAUGACGGCAGCCGAAGACCUGAUGACUGCCGCGCUCGGUGAAGAGCCCAUAGGAGACGAGGAGCACGGAGAGGAUGCGCUGGCAGCGGCGGCCUCGACUCACGAGACGAACGAGUGGACGGAGACGGCCUUCGCGGCUUCGAGGACGUUCGUGGAGGCGAGGAUGCUGAUCAACGAGGUCAAGAACGCCAGGGGCUACUUUCCAGUGGUAGGCCUGGGUGCCUACGACGCGCUCCCGACUCAACCCGCCGCUGGAGCUGGACGCGGACGGGCAGUGAGCCGGGGCGGGCCACCUCGCAAGGGCAAGGGCAAGGAUCGAGGCGGCGUGGCAGGCCGCGGCAAGGGUCGUGGUCAGAGUCAGAAGCGUCCAGCAGCACCUCCGAAGGACUCGAACUCGGGGACCAACGACAAGUUCAAAGGGGCUUGCCUGCUCUGCGGCGGGCCGGGCCACAAGGCAAGGGACUGCCCCAAUCGGGGCAACGGCGGCGCCCAAGGGGAGAGGCGCCGGGCUUUCAACAGCUUCGUCGGCGCGGCCGACGGCUACAGCAAGAAGGUCGAGUUCGAGGACGUCCAGGACGUGUUCAUCGGCACGGUCAACGACGAGGGCGAGUCCAAGGACGGCGACGAGGAGGGGCUGGACGAGUUCGUGGCCUUCAGCAUGGACGACUGCAAGGGCUGCGCGUUCCUGGACGGUGGAGCGUCCAGGUCUGUUGGAGGCGUGGAGCAGCUAGAGUACGCGAACGAGCGCCUGAGCGAGCCCAUGGAGGUCAGCCCGGACAAGAGUCUGGGAUUUUCAUUUGCUGGAGGCGACCGGGCCGACGCACCCUCACGGGUGACCUUCAAUGUGAAGGUCCUGAACGACGAGGCGGUGAGCAUCUACGUGCUGGACCGUCAGUCUCCGGUGCUACUGGGAAUCGAUAUGCUGAAGAAGUACGGGCUCGUGAUCGAUUACUUCCACAACACCGUGUACUCCCGUCGGUUCAAGCGUGAGAUCCCCACGAGAGUGCUCCCGCCAGGUCACUUGGCACUGAAUCUUACUGCUCUGGGCAACGAGGCCUCGAGCGCAAGCAGCGAAUAG